AAAAAAAACAUUAAUGAUUUCACAAAACACCAAAACCAAAAUCAAGAGAGUAAGUAAAUAUGUCCAAAAAAGUCAGCUCCUUUUUUGUUUUUGUAUUUUCAUUUCUUCUUCACUUCCCUUCCCUUUACUCUUCCUCCUACAACAACACAUUCAACUCUCUCCUUUGAAAAUCUUUUUCUUUUUGAAUUUUGAGUGAACCCAUUACACUGUUGGGUUCAUGGGCAGCCUUUUCUUGGCUUCUAAGUGAUGUUUUUUAAUAUGGGUUCUUGUUUAGAUUGGUAAAGUUUGUUUCUUUUUGUUAAUGUUGGGAUCUGGUUUGAGUUAAUUGUUGCUUAAGUUUUGGUCAUUGUUGAUUCUUAGGCUCCAUUGGGAUAUGUGUUUGAAGUUUCUUCUUCUUGGUCUCACUCACUUCAGUUCACUCACUAAUAGAAUAUGAUAUCAUGGUUGAUUGGUGUUUGAUUUUAGUUUCAUUGCUUCACUUUUAAGAUAAUUGUAUUUGAAGUUUCUUCAUUUUAGUGUUCUUGAGAUUUGAAUUUUAGUUGGGAUUGGUGUUUUUUUCUUUCUUGAGGUUCAUUAGGAUGUUGAUGUUGGUAUGCAAGUUUUUUCAUUUGUGUUUCUUUUGGAAAAUUAGUGCCUAAAUCUUGUGGUUUCAGUACUAAUGGUGCUGAUGAGUAUUUCUCCAAUGAGUUUUCUUCAAUGGGUACUCUUUGUUUGGUUUGUUUGUUCAUCUUUGAGUUUCAAAACACAGUCUCAAUCUUGUGAUCUGAGUGACUUUUUGGCACUUAAGGAGUUUGCUGGAAACCUCACUAAUGGGUCUAUUACAUCAACUUGGUUUAGAACUGCCAAUUGCUGUCAAUGGGAUGGUGUUGUGUGUGGGAAUACUAGCAAUGGCUCACUUGGUGGUAGGGUUACUAUGCUAAUUCUGCCAAAGAUGGGUCUCAAAGGUAAAAUUUCGCGGUCUUUAUCCCGUUUGGAUCGACUGAAUUCACUUGAUUUGUCUUGUAAUCAUCUCCAAGGUGAAUUGCCUAUGGAGUUCGCGAGUUUGAAGCGAUUAAAGGCUCUUGAUUUGAGCUAUAACAUGCUAUCAGGGCAGGUUUUAAGAGUGUUGUCUGGUUUGUUAUCGCUUGAGUCGCUCAAUAUUUCUAGCAAUUUGUUCAAUGAGAAUUUACGUGAACUUGUGGGAUUACCAAAUGUUGUUGUAUUCAACAUAAGUAACAACUCAUUCACCGGCGAAGUACCUUCGCGUGUUUGCAGCUCAAGUGAUAUUCGGAUUCUUGAUUUGUCAAUGAAUCAUCUUGUUGGCAAUCUUGAAGGCUUAGACAAUUGUAGCAGAUCUUUUCAGCAAUUGCAUUUGGAUUCCAAUUCGCUUUCGGGGUCUCUGCCGGAAUACGUAUAUUCAAUGUCAUCUCUGCAGCAACUGUCAAUCUCCAACAACAAUUUUUCUGGCCAAUUAAGCAAGGAAUUAAGUAAGCUUUCUAGCCUUAAAUCCUUGGUAAUAUAUGGAAACCGGUUUUCGGGUCAUAUUCCUAAUGUGUUUGGUAACCUUACACAACUAGAACAAUUUGUUGGACAUUCUAAUUUGUUAUCUGGACCACUGCCUUCAACACUGGCACUUUGUUCAAAACUUUGCAUACUUGACCUUAGAAAUAACUCGUUGACUGGUCCAAUCAAUCUUAAUUUUACUGCAAUGCCUAGGCUUUCUAGUGUUGAUCUUGCUACUAAUCAUCUAUCCGGUCAGCUUCCAAAUUCGCUAUCUGAUUGCCGCGAAUUGAAGGUUUUGAGCCUGGCUAAAAAUGAGUUGUCUGGUCAUAUCCCUAAGAGUUUUGCAAGGCUCACAUCUCUUUUGGUUGUCACUUUGUCGAACAACAGUUUUACGGGCCUAUCCGGGGCAUUAUCUGUGCUGCAAGAAUGCAAAAAUCUCACCACUCUUAUCCUCACAAAGAAUUUUAUCAGUGAGGAGAUCCCCAGAAAUGUGAGUGGUUUUGAGAGUUUGAUGGUCUUGGCGCUUGGAAAUUGUGCUAUCAGAGGCCAAAUUCCAGAUUGGUUGUUAGGUUGCAAGAACUUGGAGGUUCUUGAUUUGUCGUGGAAUCAUUUGAAUGGCGCUAUUCCUGCUUGGAUUGGCCAGAUGGAGAAUUUGUUCUACUUGGACUUCUCUAAUAACUCUCUCACCGGAGAGAUUCCAAAAAGUUUGACCGAGCUCAAGAGCCUUAUUUAUAUGAAUUGCAGUUCUUAUAAUCUUAUUUCUGCUGGAAUUCCGCUGUAUGUAAAGAGAAACAGGAGUGCUAGUGGUUUGCAGUACAACCAAGCCUCAAGCUUCCCUCCUUCAAUAUUAUUAAGCAACAACAGAAUAAACGGAACAAUUGUGCCUGAAAUUGGAAAGUUGAAGCAGCUCCAUGUCUUAGACUUGAGCAGGAAUGAAAUAACGGGUAUGAUACCUAGUUCCAUUUCAGAAAUGGAGAACUUGGAAGUUUUAGAUCUGUCAUCCAAUCAUCUACACGGGUCUAUUCCUCCAUCUUUUGAGAAGCUGACAUUCUUAUCGAAAUUUAGCGUGGCUCAUAAUCACUUGAAGGGGCAAAUACCAAUCGGCGGGCAGUUCUCUAGCUUUCCAAGUUCAAGCUUUGAGGGUAACCAAGGGCUGUGUGGAGGAAUGGUUUCUCCUUGCAAUGUCAUUACCAAUAUGUUGAAUCCCGGUAUUCCAUCUGGUUCAAAUAGUAGAUUUGGUCGUCGAGCAAACAUUCUGGGCAUAACAAUCACUAUAGGCAUUGGGCUCGUGUUGAUCCUUGCAAUUAUUUUGCUUAAGAUGUCAAAAAGGGAUCAUGUGGUAGAUCCAUUCAAUGAUAUGGAUGAGGAAGCCAGCCGACAACACAGGUUAUCGGAUGCUCUUGGGUCUUCAAAGAUGGUACUUUUUCAGAAUGCCGACUGCAAGGAUUUAACAGUUCCGGACUUGUUGAAGUCCACAAAUAAUUUCAACCAAGCAAAUAUCAUCGGCUGUGGUGGAUUUGGCCUGGUUUACAAGGCCAGCCUUCCGAAUGGUACUAAAGCAGCAAUUAAGAGGCUUUCUGGAGACUGUGGUCAGAUGGAACGGGAAUUCCGUGCUGAAGUGGAAGCACUUUCAAGGGCUCAACACAAGAACCUGGUUUCUCUUCAAGGUUAUUGCCGUCAUGGUCAUGACAGAUUAUUGAUCUACUCCUACAUGGAGAAUGGAAGUUUGGAUUACUGGUUGCAUGAGUGUACUGAGGAGGAUUCAUUUCUUAAAUGGGAAGUAAGACUUAAGAUAGCUCAAGGUGCAGCAUCAGGGUUGGCCUAUCUGCACAAAGUUUGUGAACCACACAUAGUUCAUCGAGACGUGAAAUCCAGUAACAUACUUCUAGAUGAAAACUUCGAAGCACAUUUGGCCGAUUUUGGCCUCUCGAGACUACUUCGACCCUAUGACACUCAUGUUACAACAGAUUUGGUUGGCACUCUAGGUUAUAUUCCUCCUGAGUAUAGUCAGACAUUGACCGCAACCUGCAGAGGCGAUGUUUACAGUUUCGGAGUGGUUCUUCUUGAGCUUCUUACAGGUAGAAGGCCAGUGGAAGUUUGCAAAGGAAAAAACUGCAGGGACUUGGUUUCGUGGGUAUUUCAGAUGAAGUACGAAAAACGAGAGGCUGAGACUAUAGACUCGACAAUUUGGAAUAAAGAUAUUGAGAAGCAGGUGAUUGAAAUGCUUGAAAUUGCUUGCAGAUGCUUAGACCGAGACGCUCGACGCAGGCCUCUAAUCGACGAGGUUGUUUCAUGGCUUGAUGGUAUUGGCAUUCUGGAUGCUCAAUAAUGAACUGCAUUGCUGCAAUAUUUUAGUUUUGUUAGUUUCAGUUGGGUUGGAAGAGGGAGGGUAUACUUGUAAAGCAAAAAAAACAUUUCGAGUUGCUGAAAUUUUGUUUUUUUGUUUAUGGUUUCUGCUUCAAAGCAAUCCUUAGUGUUGUAUACUGAAAAUGAGCUGUGUAUAAAUAGGCUGUUUUGGCCAUUAGUGUAUCAGAAAUAAGCAUUAUACUAUACUAAAUUAUCUUUGAUUA